AUGGUGAGUGGUGAUAAAGCAGCACCUCCGAGCACAUCGUCAUUAACAUUCGUUUUUGAUACGACUGGCUCUAUGAACGACGAUUUACUUCAAGUACAAGAUGGUGCGAAAAAAAUACUCGAUACGGUUCUUGCUCAGCGUGAAAAGCUCAUCUACAAUUAUAUUUAUGUUCCAUUCCAUGAUCCAAAUAUUGGGCCAGUCUUCUCAACGACAGAUUCAUAUGCAUUUCAAAGGCAUUUAAAUUCAGUCAAUGUCGUUGGUGGUGGAGAUUGUCCUGAAAUGACUCUCAGCGGAAUUCAACUGGCUCUGGAGACAGCACUGCCAUCAUCGUUCAUUUAUGUGUUUACUGAUGCUCGCGCCAAGGACUACCAUUUGGAGGAUCAAAUUUUAAACCUUAUUCAGGAAAAGCAAAGCUCAGUUGUAUUCGUGAUGACAGGUGAUUGUAACGAUCGAACUCAUCCGGGAUUUAAAACUUACGAAAAGAUAGCUGCAGCUAGCUUUGGUCAAGUUUUUCACUUAGAGAAAACGGAUGUCAAUAAAGUUCUUAGUUAUGUCCGUCACUCAAUAGCUCAAAAAAAAGUGCAUAUAUUAUAUGAAGUUCAUGAACGUGGUGGUUCCAAUCUUCAUCAAAUCCCAGUUGAUUCAUAUUUAAGUGAGCUUACUUUAUCACUGUCUGGUGAUAAGGAUGAUAAUGAAUUUCUUGAUAUAAGUAUUAUCGAUUCUGAAGGUAAAAAGGUGGACAAGCAACAAUUUUCAAAUGAAAGUGGUACAAUAGACUUGAAUAACAUAAAAUUAAUACGAAUAAAAAAUCCUGUGCCUGGCAUAUGGAAAGUUCGGACGUCGAGUCGCUUAAGGCACACCCUGAGGAUUCUCGGUCAUGGUGCUAUUGAUUUCAAAUACGGUUUCGCUUCAAAACAUGUCGGAGGAAUUGAGCAAACACAUCCUCGUCCAAUAGCGCAGGAGAAUACUUAUUUGGUAAUAAAUAUGACUGGUCUAAUACCACCUGGCAUUGCACGAGAAGUAACUCUCGUCGAUUAUUAUGGUAAAGAAUUCUUGUCGAAACCAGCGAUCCUCUAUAAAAAAAAUCCUUAUCUUUAUCAUAUUGGUCCAUUCAUUCCACCGAAAGGGCUCUUUUUCGUUCGAAUCAUAGGCGAAGAUGAGAAAGGGUUACAGUUCCAGCGAAUUGCACCAACAGCUAUCUCUGCAGUUCAAGCCGCUGGUCCAAGAGCCUACAUGGCUGAACGCACUCGAACCACUUUAUCGCAACCUGUAAAUCUCACUUGCUCAGUCGCUUCUCGGACGGAAUUUAUGCUGUACUGGUUUAAGGGCAAUGUGAAAAUCGCUGGUCCACUGUUUUAUCCAUAUUCUGUUACUACUGUAUGGACAAUAGAUGAAGUGGCAGCUGACGAUCAGGGAGAAUAUCGUUGUGUGGUUAUAAGUGACUAUGGCAAUUAUUCAGUGGCUACAUUUCUUGAAGCCAGAGAGCCAGUACCAGAAAUCAUAGCUAUGCGGAAUGAGUCGGUUGUACAAGGUGGUUAUGGUUAUCUUCACUGUCGAACACAAAAUCCUCAUGCUACCAUACGAUGGAUGCGUGAGAACUCACUUGUUGGAAACACGGAUAAAACGCGUCUCUUCCCAAAUGGUACACUCUUAAUCAAAUCAGUAGAUACGCUUGAUGCUGGAUUAUACCGUUGUAUUGUUCAAACGAACGGAGGACGCGUGGACGCUGUUGCAUCGCUAAAAGUCUUACAAAUGCCGACAGCAACUGUUUAUCCAAAAUCGCUGUUCUUCGUAAAUGGAGAAUCAUUUAAUUUGUCAUGUGAAGCGACAGAUGAUUUGGUUGUCCUUCAUGCAAGUGAGAUUGAUGCUGGCACUUAUGAAUGCCUUGCAAGAAAUAAUGCUGGAACACAUUUGGAUAAUUCGAUCGCUGUCAUGGCUGUUCCUCCAAAAGUGAGAGUGACUAAGGACAAACAAAUGAUUGGGCGAGGUGGUCGAGUUACCCUCGAAUGUUUGAUAAGUGGAGGUAAUCCACGGCCAAAAAUCGUGUGGUAUCGUAAUGGCCGAGAAGUACAACCUUAUCGCUAUAUACAUAUCGACGAUGGUACUCUCACAAUCCAGGGAGUUCAAGAUUCUGAUGCUGGACAUUAUGUUUGUGUCGCACAAAAUAUUGCUGGACGCGAUGUGGGAAAUAUGAAUUUGGAAGUUGGAAGUAUGCCAACUAUUGUACCAACGCCAGAAGCAGUUCAUGUCAAUAUUGAUCGUUCUAUAACAUUACAGUGUCGUGCAAUUGGUCAUCCACUACCAAAAAUCACUUGGUAUCGUAACAAUUUACCGAUUGACCAAACUGGUGGACAUUUCGCAGUCCUACCCGAUGGAAAGGUAUCGCUCGAAGACCAAGAUCGUUACACAUGUGUAGCGAAAAACACAUUUGGUCGACAAGACAAGACAACCGUGUUAAUGGUCGUUGGGCUGAUAAGUCCAGUGCUCGGUCACGCACCACCUGAAGAGCAAAUCAUAGAAGGUGAGUCAUUGCGACUUUCAUGUAUAGUGGUGCUUGGCACACCGAAGCCAAUUCUUCAGUGGUACAAAGAUGCCGUUCCAGUGCAAGCAUCUGAUUCCAUUAUGAUAGAAAGUGGUGGAAGUUCACUCUUAAUAAAAAAUGGUAGCAAAAAAGAUGAGGGACGAUACACUUGUGUAGCAAAGAGUCCUGCCGGCAAUGCGACUCUCAAUGUCAAUGUACAACUUAUUAAAAGGCCAAUUAUCGAGGAAAGCGGAACACAAGAGUUUACUGUGUCAGCUGGAGAAACUGUUGAUAUUCCUUGCGCUACUUCUGGUAUUCCGGAGCCAAAGGUUACAUGGACUUAUGAAGAUCGACCAUUGAGCUCUGUCGGGACAGAUUAUGUCAUUCUGCCAAACAAUGCAUUGCGAAUUUAUUCAGCAAGCCUGGAUGAUGCAGGAAAAUAUGUUUGUAAGGCAUCAAAUAUCGCUGGCGACAUCGAAGUAUCUCUUGGGCUAAAUGUUCUAAGCGCUCCUGUAAUAGCUCCCGGGCAAGUUUCAUACAAUUUAAUCCAAGGAAACCCAGUCAUGCUCACUUGCGAUGUUGAAGGAGAACCAGAGCCUAAUGUUACAUGGUACCUCAACGAUGAAAUAUUCACUGAAGGAACCAUUGAUUCAGACGGAUCUCUAACUAUUGAAAAUACAAAUGAAUUUCACCGGGGUCAAUUCAAGUGUUUAGCUGAAAAUAGUAUUGGAAAAGAUGAACGAGUUGUAACAGUAACCGUGCAUACAGCGCCCACUAUUGAGGGAUCCGGACAAUUGAAAAUAAUUGUGGCGAAUGUCAAUGAAACUGUAAUUUUACCGUGUCCUGCAAGAGCAACACCUCCACCUACCCGAACAUGGAGCUAUGAAGGCGACCGUAUAUUUUCAGGAUAUAACUAUGGAUCGGAAAUCCGGUUUGAAAAUGAAGGUGGGCUUGAAAUUGUUACGCCACAAAUGCACCAUACUGGAAGAUAUACAUGUCAUGUAUCUAAUCUCGCUGGUGAUGAUCACAUUGCAUACUUAUUAAAAAUUCGUGAACCACCCAUCAUCAUAUCUGAUAUUCCUGGUACAAUUGAUGUCGUACUUGGCCUUAUGCUUGAAAUUCCUUGUCGUGCUAUUGGCACACCUGAUCCAGAGAUUACAUGGGAGAAAGAUGGAUUCCAGGUGAUCUCCGGUGAUAUUUAUCAAAUCGACUCGUUUGGCACUUUGCGAAUUGAUAAUACUCAACUGAUUCACAGUGGCAUUUACCACUGUUUGGCAAGCAAUCCAGCUGGUAAAGAUACUCGAAAAACGAUUGUUGUAGUACAAGAACCUCCAAAAAUAUUACCAACGACAUUAUCAGAAUACACAACCGUUGUGGAUGAUAGAAUUGAGAUGAGAUGCUUCGCUACUGGAAAUCCUCCACCAGUUAUUAUUUGGACCCGGAAAGGUUUAACGAUAACCGAAACCAGUGUUGGAUUACAUACCACUGAAGAUGGGACACUUGUCAUUGAUAGCGUUACGGAUGAUGACGCUGGUCAUUAUACUUGUCGAGCGAAUAAUGCUGCAGGGGAUGCGGAGAAAAUUAUUCGACUUAGUGUUAUAACGCCUCCAGAUAUACCGGAUCCAGAUGUGCCACUUACUGAGACAGCUAUCGUUGGUCAACCAUUCAGUUUAUAUUGUCCAGUGUUUUCUAAUCCGAUUCCUCAGAUUACAUGGCACCUUAAUGAUCGACCAUUAGUAGAAGAUGACUAUAAUAUUGUGCUUUCUGAUGAUAAGCGACGCUUACAUGUGUUGAAAUCAAGAAUCACAGAUGCUGGAUAUUAUAAAUGCACCGCGAGGAAUCCAGCUGGUGAAGCAUCGAAAAUAUUCGAAGUUGAGAUAUUAGUACCACCACAUCUGAAUGAAUUAACAAACAAGCGCAAAUUAACGGUUCGCGAGAGUGAUCGAGUUGAUAUCGGUUGCCCUGUGACCGGCUCACCACUUCCUAAUAUCUCGUGGUUAAUGAAUGGACAACUGUUAAAAGAUGGUGAAACCAAACAAGGCGUUACGUUGUCAUCGUCAGGAAAAUCAGUAAUAAUCGAUUCGGCACAAUUGGAAAACGAAGGUAUUUAUACUUGCGUGGCGAAUAACAAAGCCGGAAGCCUCGAUAUUGAUGUACAGUUGAUCUUCAUGAAAAGCAUCGAGGAUGAGCGAUCGAUUUCGGAUUUAGGAUUCAGGAAAAUGCCUCGAUUUAUGCAUCUCGAUAAAUUGCUUUGCGAUGAGAUUCGUCCUUAG